AUGUCGCCGCGAAAACGACGAGGAUGUGGGUUGAACAAAACCAAGAAGUAUGCGUGGCAACCAACAUGCAAGUCGAAGAGCACCGCCAAGCCUUUGGAGGUUAUCAGAGCGCCAACACCACGACUAUGCAAAUUAGCAAAGACAAGCCCAAACAAGGCGUCACAGCAACACACUGCAAGCCCGGAGUACAUCUUCGACACACAGACCAAGCGGCAAGCAUGGGCUGUUUACUUCAUCGAGACCUUGAAUGCACCUCCAAGCGAUGAAUGGACCACGUACAGAGGUGCAAUUUGGAGCAUCAUGAAGACGUUCAGUGUGCUGAGCGGGUCGUACGGAUCUGUCCUGUCAGUACUGCAGGACGUUGCUGAGUGUGCUGUGGCUGGUGUCGCGUAUGCUGCAGAGCCCAAGCAAACUGAUGGCGUCAAUAAGCUGAUCGAACUUGGCUCCAUCGAAAGCGAUUUGAUUGCAGAUUGCAUGGAAUGGGGAUGGGGGCUGCGCGAGACAACCCACAUGGUCAACCAGCUACGCUUGUCGCUCAAUCCAAUGCAUGUCGGAACGUCUGCCGUGUACACUGCAUACCUCCGUAUGAAUCCAGUUGUGACCUCGAUUGGUGCUCUCAAGCAAGGGAAUGUAGACGCAUCGUCAGCUUGGGCGAAAGCUCGCCUUGGUUGGGCACAGCAAUUGGCAACUCGCUUUGGGAUAUGGUCGUGGGAUGCAGAUAGCGUUGUUGACUGCCCGCCAUAUCUGGACGCAACUUGUGUCACUGCUUUGGAACCGAGUCAAAUUGUUUCAUGGGACGAAACGCACAAAGAAGUCAAGAUCGGUGGCUACGGGGUGAAUGGAUUGAAGCGUCAAGUUCGAUUUCGCCGCGAUGUCAACGGCAAGGUCCAUCCGAAUGGCGAGUUGGCCGCAACCAAGUCCUUCCUGAACAUGAAGUACAUGAACAAAGCAAAGUUUUGUUUCGGGUGUGCCAUUGUUGAUGACGGCAACGGCGGGGUCGUCGGCCUUCGAUGCAACCCUUUCCUUUACUCUGGAAAAUGGAUUCGAACCAUCGACGAGUUCGAACAACUACAACAACAAGAAAUCAGGCGGGUGAAGGCCUUGGAAGGCAAGGGUUUGCCAUGGUUUCAAGGCAAGCGCACCAAGGCCGAUGUCAACGACCUGAAAAACAUGUGUGACGAAGACAUGCGUGCUGCAAGCAAACUUGGUUUGGGCAUUACCUUGUGUGCAUUGCGUCAGCUGCACAUGCAGACGCUUGAGGCGCAACCAGGGGCGUACAUGGACGUGUCCAUCGAUCACAAGCUAGCCGUCAACCCAUACCUAUCGUUGUAUGGAAGUGAAUGGAAGUCUCACAUUCAACGCUCCAAUCUCAUGCAAGGGAGCAUCUGCAUCAUGGACCUUGUCGAGCAUAUAAUCCAAGAAUCGGCAAUGGUCAUGGCCUUACCAGGGUUGUCCUACAAGCAAACGCAUCAUUCAAGAUGUAACCAAGUGUUUUUCAAACCAUUUGCUGGCUGUGAUCAACGCCAGUGGUACAGUUGUGCAGGGACUUGGAAGCCGAAGCGGGUUACGAAACACGGUGCGGAAUGGUGGUUGGGGUGGCACACGUACUAA